AUGUAUAAUGCUCUCGUGAACAUUUUCACAUGCCUCUAUCCCUCCACCCCUCUCCUCUACAUGCGCCCAGGUACCCUUCUGGGUGCACUUGUAGAAUUCCGUGGGAACUCCCGUAAUGAUGGUUCCUCGCCAAUUGUUCUCGUCACCGAGGACGAGAUUAGUGGAUGUCAUCCAACAAACAUUACAGUCGUGGUAGAUUUUCCUCAGUCCCAAUGGAGAAACUACAUUCGACUGCUAGCCUCCAAAGAUGAUAACAAGAUUAUCUUGGUUGAAGAAGAAGAACUGCAUACUGGGAGGUUUUCUUAUGUCAAAGUUGAUGGAUGGAAGACCAAGAAGUUCGAUAUCGACGAUGAUCACAUUAAAAGUCUGAAGAUGGCACGGAAAGCAUACAAAUAUCAUGAGAUCGACAAUUUGAAAGAGGAUGCUUCUGUUCCGCAACCCUUUCCUGAUAUGAAAUUGAAAUGCGAUGGAUUGGAAGGAGUGGAGGAACACAUGAGGAACAUGCAAGAAUCGUGCCUCAGUGGAAUAUUUGGAUAUCCAGCCUCGGGAAAGUCCUGGAUGCUGAGUAUGUUAUGGGAUCGAGUGAGAAAAGGACAGAAUCGGGUCAUUCUCUUCCACUGUGGAAGUCGACUGUCUCAGGACGUGUACCAACGUCACUGGGAGGCUCGGGUGAAUGAGGAUAUGUUCGGCUUAGAUACAAGCGACAUCAAUACUCUGCAGGACAUCAUUGAUCGUGCCAAAAGACAGAACAAAGUGGAGAUGCAAAAAAAGGAGGAAAAGAACUUUAAGCAAAAUAAGAAAAAGGGGAAAAUGACGAGCAAGUGGAAAGCGAGGAAUAUUAAGAAGAACAAGGGAGGAGAAGAGAUGGGCACGCUGUUUGUUAUCGUCGAGGAUUGCCCUUUGCUGAAGGAUUUGGAAUGGACCAUAGAGGAAUUAAGAACUACAAAAAUGAAACUCAUCCUCGCCUUCAAGCCUCAUUCAGAAGAUUCCAUGGGAAGCGAGGUUGGAAGAUACAUAAGACUCUUGCAAGACACCCCUGACUGCACAGCCAUUGUAAUUUCAUCCCAGCCGACUAACCCAGCCCUCAUCAGGCACAUCCAACUGAACGAGGCUCGAGCUUCAUUGCGUUUGGAGGCGAAGAGUCUUCUCGUUUCUUCGAUGCCUGCAACAAUUGUCCCUGGCCCACCAGUCCGAUAUGUCAAUUCAAACUGCUCAGGGCAACAUCGAGGGUACAUUUGUUCCCAGAACGGUGCAUGUGAGCCGUAUGUGGCUGUUCUAUCCUAUCGAUCAGUUUUUAACGUUGCAGAGGAAAAAGACAAAGGAAUGCCUCAUAUUCUUACAUCUGAUGAGCGAAAGGGAAAACCAUCGCUACAUGGCAACACAGACCUUCCCCCUUCUGUCGUCGAACACCCGAUGGACUUCCGCGGGUGUGAGGCCUCAUUCAUCAUUGCUUACAACGUCAGUGAUGACUGGUUACUGGAAGUUUUCUCCCGCUCGAGGACUCACCUCAGCAUCAUCGACAGCAUUCCCAGCCAUCAAGAUCUCUGGAAAGCAAUGCUAGCAGAGGAACGUGUUGUACCCGUAGAUAUUCCAGACAGUUUAGAGGAUUUACUGAAGUCAAACGACAGGAGAAAAUUCCUCUUGCGUCCGACCUGGGAUGAAGCAGCGAGUAUCAUCGGUAAGCAGGCGAUGGAGAAACAGGGAUUCUUGGACCAUAAUACUGGCGCAAUCCUCUGUCUCUCUCUGGAUACCUGGGAAACCCUCAGCAGCUUGGACUCUUUGCCUUCAUCUUCCUCCCCCUUUACCGACUGGGGAUACGCGUGGUUUAAAUACACGGGAGAAGUUCCAACAAUUGAUUUUGAGGAGCGUGAUAGGAUUGUUGAGAUCCUACGAGAGCAGGAUGUGCAAUGGAAUAAAGUAAGACAUCCCCCCGUGGUCCUGGAGACGUGGAAAAGCACGGGAGGAUUAUUGGAGUCUCUAUCCCUAUCUCUUACAGGAUCCUUUCUUCACCUUCCCCUCUUGAAGAACAUAUUGGGAGACGAGGAUGAAGCGGACCCCUUUCCUCAGUUCCAGAGAGGAGCAGUUCUCCUUCAAAGACCCAUCAUUCUGAUUGGGGAGAAAGAUUCCUGUGAGUCCUAA